AUGGACUCAAACAAACAAGAAGGAGAGACUGAAAGUGUGCCUGUGAGUACCCCUGCAACACAGAUUUCCCAGAUGGCUCCAAGGAGAUGUGACUGGGCUGCUGAAAAGUCCAGUGCAUUGCAGGCAUUAGCCUCUGAGUUGAAGGCGGGUUUCACAGAAGCAAUGCAGGAGCUGUCGCGAAUCCAGCAUGGCGAGUACGCCCUGGAGGAGAAGGUCAAGAGCUGCCGCUGUGCCAUGGAAGAGAAAGUGGCUGAGAUGAAGAACUCCCUCAACACCUUCAAGGAGGAGCUCAGCGAUGCCAAGUCAAUGAUUGAAGAAAUCAGUGCCAAGCAGGAGGAAAUGCAACAGAAAAUUGAGCAGCUUCAGCAGGAGAAGAGGCGGGAAUCACGGAAAGUGAAAGCUAAAAGAGCACAGAAGGAUGAUCACAGCUCACAGACAGUGCCUACACCUCUCCAGGGCAGCCCAUUUCGAUCCAUUAACCUCCCAGAACCUGUGAUGAUCAAUGAAGAUUUUACAAGCCUUUUGCACAACGUGACUUAUGAAAAAGUGUCUGACACCAGGAUCAUGCCAAUAGGAGACGGAAGCGUUAAGGUCGUAGCAGGUCCAGGACCAACCCUGGAGACAGACGACAGCCUCAAGCCUUCCUUGACAACAGAUGGCCAGUCAAAGGUGCAUCUGCCAUCAACAGUAUGGAAGCAGCCCAAGGACACCAAGGACUGGGGAGACGAAUACAUCUCCAAAGAGCAACCAGAAAGAGGGAAAGACAUGGGCCAAAGCAGAUACAGCUCAGCUGACAACAUUAUAUGUGAACCCUCUUUGGCUGCCAAAAGGCAGAACAUCGCUUUGGAGCUGCUGGAGUCAGAAAGGAAAUACGUCAUCAACCUUUCCCUGAUCCUGAAGAUCAAGGCCACAUUGCAAGGGCCAGAUGUGAAAAGGAGCACCAAAGAGAGAAGUUUCUUCCCCAACUCCUUGCGGUACCUGGUCCAGCAGCACGUCGAUUUACUUCACGCUCUCCAGGAGCGAGUCCUGAGCUGGCCACGCCAAGGGAUCCUAGGAGACAUCUUCCUGAAGUUAACAAACGACGAGAACAAUUUUCUGGACUACUAUGUUGCUUACCUGAGGGACCUGCCAGAAUGCAUCUCUCUGAUCCACGUGGUGAUCCUGAAGGAGGUAGAAGAAGAAAUCAAAUCUGAUCUCUACAUUCUGUUCUUCCAUAUAGUCCAGCGAAUCCCUGAAUACCUCAUUCACCUACAGAACGUCCUGAAGUUCACGGAGCAAGAGCAUCCUGACUAUUACCUGCUGCUGGUGUGUGUGCAGCGCCUCCGGGUUUUCAUCUCACACUACAGCCUCCUCUUCCAAUGCAACGAAGAUCUGCUUAUACAGAAGAGGAAAAAGCUGAAGAACACGACGAUGGAUUUCUCCUCCCUCAGGUCGUCCCUGGUGAAGCUGUACAAAGGACUCACCUCCCAGUGUACAAGCCAAGAGGUUUCUCCAACACCCAGCGCGACUUCUAUCCGGGACAGCGGGAUCCACUCUGAAGAGGCAAUACAGUCGUUCCCACCAGCACCUUCCUCUGGCACGCCAACCCCGCAUUUGAUGCCCCAGAUGAAGAAACCCCAGCCAACUGUCAUGGAGAACAUCCAGGCUGUAAAGCCCCCUGACUGGGAAAUGGAGAGUAGAAAACAUGAGAGGCCAGAGAAUAUCCUUGCAUCCUCUCAGCUCACGGAGCAAGAACUCAAGGCCCUGACAGCUCCCUUACAAUCCAUCCCUGAAAUGGAGUAUGAAGCACCACCUGCCGACGCUGUGGGAAACACGGAGAGAGCCAUCAGGACCUCUGUGGAGCUGCUGCAGGAUGCAAGGAACUUUGCACCAAGCUACGAAGAGUUCGACUACCCUGGAGAGGUGUUCACCCUGCCAGGCCCCUAUGAAGAUGAUGCCUUCCAAAACCUCGCUCUCUUUGAGAAUUGCUCCCCAGCCUCCUCCGAGUCCAGCUUAGACAUUUGUUUCCUUAGGCCUGUUAACUUCACGUCAGAACCAGAGAGGACAGAUCAUGCCUUACAGCCGUUGCCUAAGAGCUGUACCCCCGUCAGUAGCAGUACUUACAAGCGCGAGAUGUUCCACAGCAAGGGCAAGCAGCUGAGCAGGUCUCUGAAGGAGCUGCCGAGGAGCGCCGAGGGUGUGAGCUCCAGACUCUACAGCACACGGAGCAGCAGUGGGAGCCGGCUGCAGCAGAAGCAGGAGAGGAAUGUCCAGCCUCACAUGAUCUCAGCCUCAUCCCGAAGCUCCCAAAGGAGCUACUUCCCCCCACAGAGAGGAGCGGGUGAAAAACAGAGCUUUUUGGAAGAGCUCCAUGCAGAAGACAACACCAGGUUCUGCCAGAAGGAUGACAAUGAGCAAACAUCCUUCAGCGACCACAACCCGCGGCACGAGCCCAAGGGGGGCUUCCGGAGCUCCUUCCGCAAGCUCUUCAAAAAGAAAUAA